AUGAAAUAUGGGGAGAGCGGUCAGGUGAAGGAGGAUCCUGCAGAGCCAGGAACGCUGACUUCCAAACCCUACGCCUGGCACUUGGCUAAUCCUGAGAUGGAAUCUGUUGAAGUCACGCUGCACGGGGCCAGCAAUGUUCCCUCGACCAAGAAGGGCAACAUACCCAAUCCCUAUGUCAUUGUAAAAACCACCUCGGGUGAAGACAGCAAGCAGCCAGCCCAGAGCGUGACUCACGUGGCUGCCCAGCCGACCCACAGGCCAGUCUGGGAGGAGACAGUGACUGUGGAAAUUAAUGAGGAGAAUGCAGGAGAAGAAGGCAUUUCCCUGAUUGUGGCCGACAAAGACACCAAAGAGAUCUUGGCCAAAUACAGCAUCCCUGUGAAGUACCUGCAACCCUUUCACCACUACCACUGUGCCCUAGUGCUGCCUAGGAAGAAGGACCCGGCGGGGACCAAGCUGCACGUCACCAUAAUCCGUAAAGGCAGUCUCAUCCCCCGCCAGCCUGGAAUGAAUUACACAGGCUUGGAGGUAUUCCUCAAGGGGAUCAAUGAGCCUCUGGAACAGCCCGACGGCACCGUCUUAGCUGUAGGCCGGAUAGUGAACAACGUCAAAGCUUACAUGAAAGAGAUGAAGGCCCGGCCGCUUGAUGCUCACCCGGUCCCAGAGAAGGACAUCACCUUCCCAGAUCCUCCAAUGGAGGCUUUUGAGGUCCCACAAGUCAUCAACCAAGGACACCCGCAGGUUUCUCCAGCUGCUGGCCCUCCUGAGCAGCCAACGUGGAAUACAUCCUACCUGUUCCAAGGACAGGAUGGAGUCACAGCUUUCUCGGAUGAUACCGCCCUGGUGAUUGAAUACUACAAAAAAAAUCCGAAUGGAGACCUGGAAAUUCCACCAAAGUCUUUGGGCUUCUCUGUGCUGCCACUGAGUAAUCGUGUCUAUCGGAAGCUUGUGGCAGACAGUAGCAGGGAUGGAGUUCGUGUAGAAAACCUUCCCAUCCAGAAUACAAACCUGCGCACCAGAAGUGGAGAAGUCCCAACUGUCCAGCUUGGUGUUCAGUUGAUAAAUUCAGAGCGGCCAGACGUGUUUUUGACAUCAUCCACCACAGAUGGCCUUCCUGUCCUGGAUCCAGAACUGGUGGGGGAGCUGGGGACCAUCAAGGAGCCCUGGACGAGUAUGGUGCCCCAAAAAGAGGUGAGUGACUCCCUUUCCUUGAGCUACGUGAAAUAUGGGAAGGUCUAG